CAUUCGAUAGAAAUCAGUGUUCUUUGUUAGUUGUUUUUGUGACAGUUACAUUCAAUAGUUGAUUAUAAUACGUGCAAUUUUGAAAAAUAAGUUUGCAGAAAUGUUUAAUUUUUUGAAAUAUUUUUGUAUCAACAUUUUGUUGAUUGUUUGUGUUUGCGCUUAUGAUAUUCUAUUGCAAAGCGACUCAGUCGCCGUGUCUAACGGACUUAAUGAUGGCUAUAAAAACAUUAACAAUAUCGAUUUUGAUGAUGAAAAUUACGGAUUGUACCAUACAUCGAAACAUGUGUUUUAUUGGCUUUACACGAGAGAUAAUACCGACGGCCAACUUUUAAACAGAAGUGAACCACACUUGAUCGAGUCUACAUCGUUCAAUGCAUCAAAUCCAAUUAAAGUAAUAGUGCACGGUUGGCUUGGUACCACUCAAGAAAAAGAAGGUCUUUGUAUGUACAACGUCAAUUCUUAUUUUAAGGUGGGUGAAUAUAAUGUGAUUUGUGUGGAUUGGAAACAGUAUUCGACUGAUUUAUCAUAUUCAGUUGCAAGAGCACGAGCCAAACACAUUGCUCACGAUAUAGCUAAAAUCCUGACCAGGAUAACGUAUAACAUGACAAAAGGGGUUGAGACUUUGCAUUUGAUCGGACACAGUAUGGGAGCUCAUAUUGUCGGAUUCGUAGGGAAAGAAUUGACCGAUAAGAUUCCUAGAAUUACCGGAUUGGACCCUGCGAAGCCACAGUACGAAAAGAAAGGCCCAGCCGACAGACUCUAUAUUACCGAUGCGCAUUUUGUAGACGUCAUGCACACUAAUAGUGCCAAAAAUGGGUUUACAAAAUCAAUCGGUCAUAUCGAUUUCUUCCCAAACGGAGGAAAGAGACAACCCGAUUGCGGAUUUUCAGACAGAACUACGGGUUCGUGUAGCCAUGUCAAGUCCUAUCAUUAUUACGCACAUUCCAUAUGGGCCAAAGAAGAUUAUGUGGCGCUUAAAUGUUCCAGUUGGGAUGACUAUAAAGCGCACAAGUGUGACAACGCCAACAGCACUUUUAUGGGCGAGCACGUGGACAUAGAGCAAACCGAAGAUUUUUAUUUGGAAGCGUGCGUAGAUGAUUGAGGCUUGAGACCUACUGAGGCCAUAGGGACCUGUACUUAGCUGUGAAGAAGUUACAAAUGAAUUUAUACAUAUUUGACUUAUUGAAAAUUAAAAUUUGCGUUGAACGAUAGAAUUUUUAUUUGAUUCGUGUACUUACUUUUUAAAUACGGUGCGCUUAUAGGAAUUAUUUUUUUUAUGUCAAUAAAGGUUAAUAUAUAAUA